AUGACUUUAAUCAGCGACGCCAUCAAAAGUGACCACCGCGACCUCGAAGAGGCCUACAACAACAUCCUGACCGCCGCAAGCGAUGACGAGAAGCGCCGGUGGCAGAACCAGUUCACCUGGGAGCUGGCUCGCCACUCCAUCGGCGAGGAACUCGUCCUAUACCCAGCGAUGGAGGAGCACCUCACCGAUGGGAAGGCGAUGGCCGACAAAGACCGGGCGGAACACAAGACGGUGAAAGAUCAUCUGGAGAAGUUCCAGAACCUAAAGCCCGACGAUGCAGAGUUCAUUCCGACCCUCCAGGGACUGUGGGGCUCUCUUUCGCAGCACAUCAAGGAGGAAGAGGAGCAGGAUCUUGUCAAGCUUGAAGCGAAUCUGGAUAAUGAAGUCUCCAAGGCCAUGGUCUCCUCGUUCAAGCGCACCAAGAUGUUCGUCCCGACUCGCAGUCAUCCCUCAGCGCCCGACAAACCGCCCUUCGAAACGGUGGCAGGAUUACUGGCUGCGCCCAUCGAUCAUAUCAGGGACCUGUUCAGAAAGUUCCCGGACCAGGCUGCUAGUGACAUUCCACCAUGA